AUGGCCAAAUUAUCGCAGCUUUUUACUGGAUGGCGCUUCGGUCUAGCUCGCGCCACAGGAGCUGCAGCUCUCGUAACUGUGGCUAACAUUCUGUUCCUCGCCAUCACAAUCCCAUCCAUGCCGGGACUUGAGGAGCCCGGCCUUGAGGGUGCGCUAUUUACGGGCGACUGCAGCAAAGCAAAACAACUCAAUACUUGGUCACAUCUGGUUAUCAACAUCUUAGGCACAGUGCUUCUGGCAGCCGGAAAUUAUACGCAACAAGUUUUGACGGCCCCGACCAGAGCCGAGAUUGAUAGAGCACAUACGAAGCAGCAGUGGCUGGAUAUCGGUGUUUCUUCCAUCCGUAAUCUGAACAAGAUUUCGGGCAAAAGGACUUUCGCGUGGAUUAUACUGGGUCUAAGCUCAAUACCUGUGCACUUAUUGUACAUUCAUCUUGAACCACAAUACAUCUAG